GUGACAUAUGCGGGCACAUCAAAUGAAUACACUUUUCCUGUGUGUAAACAGCAGCCUGUGUCUGACAUGACUAAGCAACCUCUCUGGCAGCGUGUUGAAUGCUGGAUUAACAGGCAUUAACAUCAAGCAAAGACUGUAAUUGGAUAAAGCUUGAGUGGAAAGAGCACAAGUUGACCACUCUCCCCACAGAGCACUUUAUUUAUUCCUGCCAGGCGGAGAGGCACCUUCAGUCUACUGAGUUUUGCCUUACAAGACGCAGACUGAGCUCAAGAAUGAAGCUCCUGCUCGGUUUGGCUGUCCUGGUACUGACAGUGGGGGUCCUUUACUCUGCCCCAGAGGACCAACCAACAGGCAUCUCAGAGGACACCUUGAGAGAGUUGUCCCAGAAUGGCGAGAAACUGGUGGAUGAGGAGGUGAGAAGAGCUCUGUAUGGGGUGAAGCAGAUGAAGGAGGUGAUGUGGAGGAACGAGCAGAAGCACGAACACCUCAUGAAGUCCCUCCAACACAGCAGCGAAAAGAAGAAGGGGGCAGCCCAACUGGCCAAGGAGGUGACUGAGAAGCUGGAGGAGGCGGAAGAGCAGUGUAAAGACUCCCUGCAGUCAGAGUGGGAGGAGUGCAGACCCUGUCUGGAAGAUGCAUGUAAAACCUUCUACACCUCCACUUGCCGCAGGGGAUUCGCCACUUUCCAUGCCAAGGUGGAGAACUUAUUCCGCAGAGUGUCCAGGCGAUUUGGCCCCCGCGAGCCUCAAAUGGAUGCAGGGGACAUCCUGGUGAAUCAGGGCGCUGACAACACUGACACUGAGAUUAUCCGCAUCAAGGAUACCUUCGACCGCCUGGCCAGCAAGGUGGGAACGCUGGUGAACCGCAGCGUGGCCCUGGUCUCUGGGAUGCGCAGAAGGCUUGACAAAGUCCUCCAGAGGGCCUUCCUGAACAACACAGACAUCCUGAUGGAGGAGACCACCUCAGACCCCUACAACCCCAGCCGGGACUCAGGCUUCCUGCAGGGUGUGGGAUUAGAGGAGGUGCUGGACUCCUUCUUCGACUUCGGCAAGAGUGUGGUGGAGGAGUUUGGAGCUGUGGUGACCCAGGCGUUUGAUGAACUCCAUGAGGCAGUGGAGGAAGAGAAGAAGAAAGUGAGGGAAGGUUUCCCUCGUUUCCUGCAGAACAGGAAGUUGUGCAGAGACCUUCGCAAACAGACCUCAGAGUGCUGGCAGCUGCAGAACCAGUGCGAGGCCUGCCAGGGAACCCUGCUCACAGAGUGCCCCAAUGUUCGGGAGCUGCAUGUGGAACUGGAUGAGGUUUCCCAGCUGCUGGACGUGUCCAAAGAGCAGUAUGAUGAGAUCUUGUCUAUUGUCCAGCGCCACACUGACGAAACGGUCGAAUGGCUUAGCAACAUGGCGUCUGAAUUCAGCUGGGUGGCUCAGUCUGUGAGCAACAGUGACGCUCCUGAAAACAUCUUCCGCAUCACCAUGGUGGCGCCAAAGAGCCACGAUGAACAGAAUAUGUCUGUGAGGGAGACAAACGUGGAGGUCCACAUCCUGAACUCCCCCCCUCUUAUCCUGUCUGUUCCUGGGGAGCUGGAGCUGCAGGACCCAGCCUUCGUCCAGUAUGUAGCCCAGGAGGCUCUGAGCAAAUACAAGGAGAUGGUCAGGUAUGAGGAUGACUAAAUCUAGUCUGUUUUUCUGAGCUUCUACCAGCUUUUUCUUUAACAGAACUAGGAUUGUGUUCCUGUAUAGUAGCAUAAUCUCAUUGAAAUGUAAAUGCACUACAAUUGCACUGUGUCAUUCAUUGCUAUUAAUUGAAUGUAAAAAGAAGAAAAUAUACUUCGUACCUGUUGUCAGAUGGUAUAAAUAAAAACAAGUAAAAAAAAAAA